CGCCCCGCGCUCUGGUCCCUCUGCGGCCCAUUCUCCGUUACUCGCUCUGCAGACCCAAGUCGCCCUCGGCGCUGAGCCGCGAGAUGUUCUUCAGAGCUGCCUGGAGCUUGGUACUGAAGAAAGCAGGACCCGGGAUGCGGUGGAUGCAUAGCCCAGGAAGCGCCGCCCAUAGCGAGCGGAAGAUGCCCCCUUACACCAACUACCAUGCCCAGCGCUCCUACCCCAUGCCUGAUGAGCCCUUCUGCGCAGAGCUCAACGCUGAGCAGCGGGCCCUGAAGGAGAAGGAGAAGGGCAGCUGGACCCAGCUGAGCCAUGCCGAGAAGGUGGCCUUGUACCGCCUCCAGUUCCAUGAGACCUUCGCAGAGAUGAACCGUCGCUCCAAUGAGUGGAAGACAGUGAUGGGCUGUGUCUUCUUCUUUUUUGGAUUCACAGCUCUGCUGAUUUGGUGGCAGCGGGUCUAUGUGUUCCCAAAGAAGCCCAUCACCCUGACGGAUGAGUGGAAGGCCCAGCAGCUCCAGCGCAUCCUGGAUAUGAAGGGCAACCCUGUGCAAGGCCUGGCCUCCCGGUGGGACUAUGAGAAGAAGGAAUGGAAGAAGUGACGCAGCGUCCGGGCUGCCCUCCCUGCAGUUCCACCCCGGCCUAGAGCCUAAGGAGGGCCCCUUCCUCCUCUUAACGCCAA